AUGGACUUUUCGCCAGCCUUCGCCACGGGGCCUCCCAGCUCCCUCCAUAAGCCUUCCGUCGCGGGGCGAAUAGGCAACUGGCGAGCCCGGGCAGAUGAAGGUUUUCUCAUGCUGCCCAUUCCCGAGGAGGCCGAGCUCGUAGAGAUGAGCGCGGAGGCGGGUGCCUCGCGCGCGGCAUGGCGCGCGCAGGCGCUGCUGGGGAUAAUCCUGGGGGAGAAGGACAGCGCGUCGUUCAAAGAGGCGGAGACGAAGGGCGGCAGGGCAGCAGCGGGGGGAGCGGGGAUAGAGUGGGGAGCGGGGGACAAAGGCGAGGUGGCGGAGGCGGAGGCGGAGGCGGAGGCUGCGGCUGAGGCUGCGGCGACGGCUGCGCUACGGCAUGCUAUGGCAGGGGCGACCAAGGACGCUUCGACACGUGUACUUAGCGACUCCGCCGGAUAUAACGACACCAGCAAACCCGGCGUCGCCGCAUGCGGCGGUGACGGCGGCGGCGGCGGCGGCGGUGCUGGUAAUAGUAGCGUCUCGCGGUGGCGAGCUAUCGCAGCUGCUAUGCUGGGUAAACGGGCAGCGGAGCAGCCCCCGCCGGCAAUCCCAGCGUACGACGCUCGCGCAGCGAUGGAAAAUACGCUGAAGGCGGAACACGACUACGCGCGCUCGCCGAACACAUUCGAGGCGGCGCAAGGGGCUGCCCACGCGGAUUCCCACCAGCCCAGGGGAGGCGGCGGAUGGUGGUCCGCCUGGUUCGGGGACAACGGCCGGGGCAGCGCGGAGCACGGGCGGCACUACGGAAGGAUGGCGCAGCAAAGUCAGGCGGAACUGCACACAAAACCAGAUGCGGCCGCGGCCGUAGCGCACCAAUCGGUGUACGCCACGAAACCACGCGAACUUGAGUUGAGCAAUCCGCCGUCCCCGUUUUCCGUCUCCCCGCCGUCGUCUGGCGCGUGCUCUCCGCCCACCUCCGCUUCCUCCUCGUCCUCCUCCGCAUCCUCCCCCGAAUCUUCCGCCUCCGCGCAAGAAGGCGCUCCGCCAGAGCCCUGCUACUUGCACGAGGAUGGCCGGGCGGGCGGGAGCGGGGCGGAAGGCGGCGGUAGCAGCGAAGGAAUCGGAGAAGGGGAGGCGGGCGAGCGGAGUAGGCCAGACGCGGAAGCCCCUGUGCUCAUCACCGGGUGCGCGCUCCUCUGGCUCUGCCUCCCCGAGGCGUGGUCCGCCACCGCGCGCGCGGCAGUCGCGGGGUGCGCCAGCGCGCUCGUGGCGGCGCAGCUCGUGGGGAACGUCGUCGUGGCGGCGUUUGCGCGCGCGGCCGUGCUGCGGGAGUUUCUCAGGCGGAAGAUGAAGGCCGCGGGAAAGGCGCAAGGGGUGGCGGUGGGGGGCCGGCGGGGCGCGGGGAGGGCGGAAGAUGGCGAGGCGGCGGAGGUCGCGGGGAGGAAAGAGGCGGUGGCGGCGUGCGGAGUGGCGUGCGCGCUGGAUGUGGAGCAGCUACUGGCGGAGCAGGGGGAAGGGGGAAACGAUGGCGGGGACAAGCAAAUGAUGAAGGGCUUCCACUCGCGGCCUCUGCUGGUCGGCGGAAGGGGGGAGGUGGCGGAGGAGGCGGAGGAGGAGGAAGGGCGGGUGAUGGCGGUGGACUUUGUGGUGACAGACGUGGUGUCGCGGGUGUCAGUGGUGGUGCGCGCACAGCACGCAGCGGAGAGCAGCGCCCUUGAGAUGGUGCGGCUUCCUAGUGCCAGGCGACGGGCGCGCGGCGAGCCAUCCAGGCCAUUGACAGCAGUGCGAGAGGGCGAUGUGGUAACUGCAAUUGGGAGCGCCGAGCGGGAUCCAUAUACAGGCACGCUGCAAGUAGUGCCGCUGGUGUAUCCGCGUAACAUCUCCACCUUUGCGCUACUCUUCGGUUCCUCCUCUCUCUCCCUCCCACCCCUCUCCUCUCCCACCCCGCCUCCCUUCUACACCUCCCCUUCUCCCCACAGCCCGUCUCACCUUGCUCUUGAUUGGUCGGCCCAGCUGGCCCCUGUUGUUGAGCCCCCAUGUUACCCUAUGUUGUUGUUGUUACCCUACCGCUCUCCAUCACAGCAACGGAGUGAUACUGCCCUGUCGCCACCGCCACCACCUGCCCCUCCCCCGUUAACCCUUCUACAGGCGCAGGCCGCCAGAACGCGCCGUCCGCGCGCCCCAGCAGCCCCGCGGGGCGCCUGCGCGCGUCCCAGUCGCGCCCCCACGACAGCACCACGCCCCCCGGAGUCACUGCCAGCGUGUUUCUCCCCCCUGCGUGCCUCCUCACCCGCGCGCAAUCCCUCCCCCCCCCUGCUUUCCCCCCUCUCCUCCCUCCCUCCCCCCCCUCCCCCCGCCCUCGCGCCUUCCCCCCCCCCUCUCCCCUCCCCCCCCCCCUCUUUCCCCCCCGCUUCCCUGCCCCUGCCAAUCUCCUCCUCCCCGGUGAAUCCCCUUUCCCCCCCGCGCGGAUCUCCCCCCAAGGCGCCAGCAGCGGCACGGAGACAGCGCUGCGAGGCGCGUGCGCAACACGGAGGCGGGGGAGGCCGCCAAAGCCGCAUCAUCAAAGACAUCGAGGCGCGAUGCGCGGAGGCGGCGGGGGUUCCGGCGGCGGUGCGCGAGCGCGUGAGCGUGAUGCCUCUGGAUCUGGCGUCGCUCAAGUCGGUGAGCGCGUUCGCCGCGGACUAUCUGCGCCUCAACCGCCCGCUUCACCUGCUCAUCAACAAUGCGGGCGUGAUGAUAUGCCCGUUCAUGCUCACUGCGGACGGCUAUGAGAACCAGUUCGGCACCAACCACGUGGGCCACUUCCUGCUGACCAACCUGCUGCUGCCGAAGCUCAAGGAAACCGCCAAGCAGGAGGGCGCGGAGGCGCGCAUCGUGAUCGUGUCGUCCGCCGCGCACCAGUUCCCGUACCCGGGCGGCAUCCGCUUUGACGCCAUCAACGCCAAGGAGGGGUACGACUCGGUGAAGGCGUACGGGCAGUCCAAGCUCGCUAAUAUCCUGCACGCUUGGGAGCUCGCGAGGAGGCUCAAGCAGGAGGAGGGUGCAGGAGUGACAGUGAACGCACUGCACCCGGGGGUGAUCGACACCAACCUCUCGCGCCACAUAGUGCCGCCAGGGACCAUCUGGCACACCCUCGGACGGGGAGCGUACAGCCUGGUGUUCCAGUGGUUCAUGAAGACCAUUCCUCAGGGUGCAGCCACGUCAUGCUUCCUUGCAGCGCACCCCUCAGUGGCGGGUGCGAGUGGGGGCUACUACGCAGACUCGCGGGCAGCAGAGGGCAAGGCGACAGCCCUGAGCAAGGACAUGGAGCUGGCUGGGAAGCUGUGGGAGCUCAGUGAGCAGAUGGCCAGCAAGGAGUGA